UGUUUACUUGUUGCCCCAGGAGACGCACCGGCGUCCCCGGCUCCGUGCGCUGCAGCACUCGGCUUCCUGGGUCCCAGCGGCAUCUCGUGGGGGCCAGCCAACAUGAGCCACAGCAGCUCCUUGGGCUCCGGGAGCCUGGAGCGCCCCUGCGACGCCUCACCACCCCAGGAAACUGCCAAUCAUCCCACGGAAUUCCCAGUCACCCGGGAACAGCUGAAUCACUACCGGGAUGCGGCUGAAAAUGCUCAAAGUGAACUUGCAGCAACUUUGGUCAAAUUCGAAUGCGCUCAGUCUGAGCUUCGAGAGCUCCGCUCCAAGAUGCUUUCUAAAGAAGUUUGCUGUCAAGAGCUGAAGGCUGAAAUGGAGAGCUACAAAGAAAACAGUGCCCGAAAAUCAUCUCUCCUCGUCUCUUUGAGGGGCAGAGUGCAGGACCUCCAAGAGGAACUGGCAGCUCUUUCUGCUUCUAAAAUCCGAACAGAGGUCUCUGCUCACACCACGAUGAAGGAGAAUCAGGAACUAAUGAAGAAAGUCCUAGAAUUGGACGAAAAAUUACAAAACUGUUCAAAGGAAAGUGAGGAGGCUAAGAAACAAGGCUCAGAGAAUCUCCGGAGACAUGAGGAAUUGCGGACUCAGCUCCGCGACUGCUUGAGCCUAGACAAGAAGCACGAGGAAGAGUCUGAUGAAGAUUUCAUUUUAAAGCUUAGAGAGCUGUGCAAGGAAAACACAUUCCUGAAAGGACAAAUCAGUACUCUUGAAGAGACUAUAAAUGUCCAUGAGAUGGAGGCAAAAGCUAACAGAGAAACGAUCAUGAGGCUGGCGGCGGAAGUCAGCAGGGAGCAGAAAAGAGCUGCCUCCUGGGCGCUGGAGAAAGACAAGCUGAAUCAGGACUUGCUCAGUGCUGUGGAAGCAAGAACAGCCCUAGAAAAGGAAGCUAAGCUCUCCCGAGAAAGGCUGCUUGCUGUGCAGCGAGCCUGGGACGCUUCGAAGCAAGAGCUGACCCAGCUGAGGAAAAGCUGCCAACAGCUGGACCUGAGCUUGACAGCCAGCAGGGAUGCAGCGGCAGCCUCGCAAAGCCAGAGCUCCUCCUUCAGGGAGAAGCUCGCUGCGCUUCUUCUUUGCGGCGGAUUGGAUACGGCUGGGUCCACGGAGGGUGCCAUAUUGGAGAGGGUUCGAGAGCUCGGCAUCCAGGAGGAGAACAGGAAGAAGAUGGUCUCUCAGCUUGAAGCCCAGAUAUCAGACCUUGUCGAACAGUUGGGAAAUGAAGCCGAGCUUCACCGGAAAGCCAUACAGAGGGCCCAUGAGGCAGAGAGCAAGUUGGCGGUCCUUCAGGGUCAGCUGAGUCACCUGGAGGGAGAGCUGCUUUCUGGAGACAUUGUGAGAGACAACUUGAAUCUUGAGAAACAGAAAUAUCUGAAGUUUCUGGAUCAGCUUUCAGAGAAAAUGAAAUUGGGCCAGAUAGCUGCGGAACUUGGCUUUGACAUGCGUCUGGAUGUAGUUUUAGCUCGCGCGGAGCAGCUAGUCCGCCUCGAAAGCAAUGCUGUCAUUGAAAACAAGACCAUCGCUCACAACUUACAGAGAAAGCUAAGGACUCAGAAAGAAAGGCUGGAGAGCAGAGAAGUGCAUAUGAACCUCCUUCGGCAGAAAAUUACCCAGCUGCAGCAGGAGAAGCAGGCACACACAGCCUUGGCUCUGGAGAGGGAUGAGGCUCAUCUCGCUGUCAGGAAGCUGGAGAAGAAGGUGGAGAGGAUGCAGAAGGAGCUGAGUGCGUGUCGGGAACACAACACUGAGCUCAAAGCCAAGUUGGCUGACACCAACGAACUCAAGAUUAAAACUUUGGAACAGACCAAAGCCAUCGAAGAUUUAAAUAAAGCCCGAGACAAGCUGGAGAAGACGAAGGAGAAAGCAGAGCAAAAGCUUAUGUCGGUCAAGUCCGAGCUGGAGACGACGGAGCAGGAGGCUAAAGAGCACAAGGAGAGGACCAGGGCCAUGACAGAGGUGGUCACCAGUGAGCUGAGGACCCUGAGGAAGACUCUGGAAGAAGCUGAGAGGAGAGAACAGCAGCUGGUGGACUUCAGGGAGGUGAUUUCCCAGAUGCUGGGCUUGAACUUGACCUCUCUGGCGCUUCCUGACUAUGAAAUCAUCAAAUGUCUGGAAAGACUGAUCCACUCACACCACCAUCACUUCAUGACCUGUGCCUGCCUCAAAGACAUGACUGCUGAGCCAGAGAAUUGCUCGCCAUGCCACUUAGAACUUCUGCAUUGACCGCUUGCCUCCUGGAGGGAGGAGAGGAGAGACGGGGGAUGAUUCUCAAGUGGUGCAGCUCAAAAAUUCCUCAUAGUUUUGAAGUUUGGCCAGCGUGCGUCAAUUAUAGACUUUGGUGGCACAGUGAGAAUAUAUCAUGGGAACAAAAGGUCUUCCAAAGGGCCAUCCCUAGGGCCAGGAGACGGCUCAGCAGGUGAAAGCAUUUGCUACGAAGCCCGACAACCUGAGUUCGAUCCCUGGGACCCACACAGUAGAAGGAGACAAUUGACUCUUGCAAGUUGUCCUCUGCCCCACACACAAUCUCUGUUAUACAAGUACACACACACACACACACACACACACACACACACACACACACACUAAAUAAAUAUUAAAAAGUGCCAGUCCUAGUUAAUAUUCAGUACUAAAACCACCUAUUGCUUCAUUAGCUAUAGGGCAUUGGGACUCACAGGAAUCCCCUAGGUUCAUGCCUAGGUUGGGACAUAUGAGCACAGAGUUUAAAAUGGCAGACUUUCUGACCUGGGGCAUUACAGAUGCCUUUGCAUCUUAAGAUAACCAUGUGCAGAAGUGUUCUGAAAAAUAUUGUUUAAAAUUAUUUUAUUUUUAGGGUUUUUUUUCUGUAUGUGUGUGUGUGUGUGUGUGUGUGUGUGUGUGUGUGUGUGUAGGUGCAGGCAGAGAGCAUAAGAGGGAGUCAUAUCCCUUGGUACUGGAGUUACAGGCAGUUGUAAAGCACUUGAUGUGGGUGCUGGGAAUUGAACUCAGGUCCUCUGCAAGAGUAGUAAGUGCUGUUAGCAACUGAGCCAUUUCUCCAGUCCUGUAAAAAUUUCUGUCUGUCUCUCUCUCUCUCUCUCUCUCUCUCUCUCUCUCUCUCUCUCUCUUUCUCUCUCUCUUAUCUACAUACAUACAAUUUGACGCAUAAUAAUUGUACUUGUUUAUAGAUUUCUGAGUGGCAUUUCAAUCCAUGCAUACAAUGUAAUCAAGAGACCAGGGUAACAUGGCAAAGUCGUAAUGUCCUUACUACAUGCUUUCCGAGGCCCGGAGACAGCUGUACUAACUCGGGGUUCUACGUGGUUAGUGUGGGAGCCAGGGUGUACAAAGCAGAGGCUGCGCCUCUUGUACUCUGCAGUCUCAGAUUCUGCUCAGGUUUGAUACUGGUGCGAAUUGCUGGCAUAAAGGAAGGGAGGCAACGUGACAGAUAGUGACUCAUUUGAAUAACCAUCCCAUGGGUCUAAGGGCCGGUAGGAAUGGUGGCUUUGAAAGUCUUAACAGGGCUGACCUCAGUUUUUGGGGUGGAGUCUCUUGUUGAACCUGGAGAUCGGCUGCCUGUCACGGAGCUGCACCAUCCGCCAUCCUCCCGUCUCUCCAGGAAGAGUUAUAACCACAUGCACAAUCACAGCCAGCCUUGGGCAGAUCCAGCUGGGAUCCGAACUCAGGUCCUCAUGCUUGCAUAGAACUCUUACCCACAGAGCCACCUCUCCAGCCUCAUCUUGUAUCUUUAUGUGCCUCAUUCAAGUAAACAAACAAACCAACACACUAAAAAUCUUAAUGCCUCACAACAUCGAGGGAAAUGAGAAGUAUACAGCUAAAUGUUAAGUCUGAGUCACAAACAAGGCAUAAGCUGAUUCAAGACAAUGAGGGCUUAUGGAUACCUACUGGCCAGUUGUGAAGCUGGGAAUGAGACUAGAUAUUGGUUUGAAUGGGGAAAAAAGCAUGAACAUAUUCUUGCAACCACUGAGCAAAUGGGUCAUCCAAUUGUUUUACACGUUACACCGCUUCCCUCAUGCCCAGUGGCAUACACAUGUAAUCUCAGUCCCCAGGAGCUGGGCCAAAAGGAUUGACACAAGUUUGAAGCCACUCUGGGCCACACAGUGAGUGAGGGCCAGCCUGGACUACAGAGUGAAACCCUAUCUCAAACCAAGCUAGCAAGCAACCCAUGGCUGACUAUCCAGCUAGGCAAACCUCCUGCAACCCUAAACAAAACAAAUAACCCUAUUAGGCUGGCUUUAGCUCAAAACUCCUCAGGCCAGACUUUUAUCUGUCUAAAGUGAUAAGUGUGUUAUGUUAUUUUCCCUUUGACUGGUCAUUAAUUCCAUGUCAGGGGGUCAUAUAAGAGACCAAACAU